GGGUUCGACAGUGGCGCAUCCGUUGCGUGGAUCAUGUUGCGACUUUUCUUGACAUUUGUUGUGCGACCGUUCGAACGGCGCGGUACUUGCGCUGGAAGGGAAGGGCUCGAAAAAACUAUUUCAGGCCGUGGCUGCCCCUCGUACUCCUCCCCCCGGUUCGUCGUGGCUGUAUUGGUAGAACAAGAAGUCGUUCAAGUCGAGCUGAGGCCAAGACGCGACGAGGGCAUUUCUGAAUCUUCACACAAGGCAAAACAAAGACACUCACACUCACACUCACACAGAAUCUCGUCACUUGUCGUUCGAGUUGUCCCUUCACCCCCUUAUUCUCCCAUCUACCCUUUCGCAGUCUUCUCUUCUCUCUUUUCUCUCGGCAUACCCCGUCUUUUUUCAAUCGUCGAACGGCCGCAAUCAUGACGAUAGGCUCGAUCUCUUCCUCGGCAGAUAGUCUGGUGACGGUGUCCAUGGCGAGUGACGGCGUGAGGGUCAUCACGUUCAACCGACCGGCCAAGCGCAAUGCCUUCUCGCAGGAGCUCAUCAACACGUUCCUGGAGGCGUUGUCGUCAGCAUCAGCAGACAAGUCUGUGCGUGUCAUCGUGGUGACGGGCAGUGGAGGUGUCUUCUCAGCGGGGGCCGACAUUAGGGAAAUAUCCGUGCUCGACGGGGAAGAUGCACGUCGAUGUCUUUAUCUCGAGGACCUUUGCGUCGGCAUCCGCAACGUCCGCAAGCCACUCAUUGCCGCGGUUGAGGGCAUGGCUCUAGGCGGAGGAUUCGAGGUCGCGCUGAUGUGCGACCUGAUCUUCGCAUCCGAGACCAGCCGAUUCGGCCUUCCGGAGGUCACGAUCGGUCUCAUCCCCGGUGCCGGCGGUACCCAACGGUUGACCAACGCCGUAGGGAAAUACAAGGCCAUGGAGAUGAUCCUCCUCGGAACGCCCAUCUCAGCCGCCGACGCCAGAGCCGCCGGUCUCGUAGCACAGAUCUACGAACCCGGCACUGUCCUCGAAAAUGCGGUCAGGACUGCAGCCAAUAUGGCGGCCCUGAGUCCCACAGCCCUAUCUCUUGCCAAAGAGGCAGUCUGCAGAUCUGACGACCUCGGCCGGGAUGACGACUUUGAGAGAAGCCUCUAUUACUUUGCUUUUGGCACCCGGGACAAGAAGGAGGGUGUCGAGGCUUUUCUCCAGAAACGGGCCCCCCGCUGGGCUUUCAAGGGCGUGCAAAAUUGAUUUUCCUUGCUCUCAUCCGACGGGGGGUGUCUGUACCUGUGUGUGUGACAUGUUUCCUCGGAUGAAUGUCGAGAUUGGAUCUGGACGAUGGAGGGGCCGAAUAUAUAAAUAUAUAAUUUUUUUCAUUAUUCUGUUAUUAGUCUAACACUAGAUGUCUGUCUGCCUUGUAUCUGCAUCUGCUACAUCUGCUACAUCUGCUAC